AUGCUGACGUUCGAGGGUGAGAAGUUCCAGGGAGUUCAAAACAUCCAGAACAAGAUCUCGAGCCUGCCUUUCCAGUCCUGCACACACAUCGUCAGCACGGUCGACUGCCAGCCGUCGGGUCCUGGAGGCGGAAUGGUCGUGUUUGUCAGUGGGAGCUUGAAACUGGCAGAUCAGGAGCAUCCUCUCAAAUUUAGCCAGAUGUUUCACUUGAUGCCUACACCUGCUGGAAGCUUCUACGUCCUCAACGACAUUUUCCGGCUGAACUAUGGUUGA